UUCCGUCUGCGUCUUUCUUUUGUUCGAGGUGUCGCUGGCAGCACAUUGCAAAACCUUCCACCUGACGGAGGAGAGAACCCGGAGCCGAGGGAGAGGAGGAGGAGGAGGGGGAGGAGGAAGAGCAGCCAUGAUCCAGUCUGAUCACUCCACACACUCCUUGUUCUGCUGCUGUUGUGCCCUUCACACCAGGGCAACCAGCACGCGCCUGCAGCUGGGCGGCCGCCAGCGACCGGGUCAGGCCUGCAGGGUGGAGCGCUCCAAAAGGAAACUCCCACACCCACCACCAGAGGGCGAGUACGGCCCGGGGGCGGCGGGCCGCCUCAACGUCAUCGCCAUGUACGACUUCACCGCCAAGGAGGACACCGACCUGACACUCAGACAGGGAGAAGAGUACGUCAUCCUUCACAAACAGGAUCAGCUGUGGUGGCGAGCUCAGGACAAACAUGGGAAUAAAGGCUUCAUCCCGAGUAACUACGUGACUGAGAAAAACAGAAUCGAGGCAAAUCCGUGGUACUGUAAGAAUGUGACCCGGACCGAAGCCGAGCAGCUGCUGCGACAGGAGGAUAAAGAAGGUUGCUUUGUGGUGCGGGAGUCCAGCCACCAAGGCGUCUACACCGUCUCUCUGUACACCAAAAUGCUGAGCACCGACGGGGACGUCAGACAUUAUCAGAUCAAGGUCAGCGACAGCGGACAGUUCUACCUGGCUGAGAAACACACCUUCGACAGCAUCGCCGAUGUCAUCCGCUACCACGAGCACAACGCGGCAGGUCUGGUGACCCGGCUGCGGUACGCCGUGGGACCGAUGGGACGGUGUGUUCCCGCCACUGCAGGAUUCAGCUUCGAGAAAUGGGAGAUCAACCCCAGCGAUCUGACCUUCAUGAAGGAGCUGGGCGCUGGGCAGUUCGGCGUGGUGAGGCUCGGGAAGUGGAGGGCUCAGCACAAAGUGGCCAUCAAGACCAUCAAGGAGGGCGCCAUGCUGGAGGAGGACUUCAUCGAGGAGGCCAAAGUCAUGAUGAAGCUUUGCCACCCGAAGCUGGUGCAGCUGUACGGCGUCUGCCUGCAGCAGCGCCCCCUGCUGAUCGUGGCAGAGUUCAUGGAGAACGGCUGCCUGCUCAACUUCCUGCGGCAGCGGGGCCGGACGCUGAAGGAGGCGUGGCUUCUGUCCAUGUGCCAGGACGUGUGCGAGGGGAUGGAGUACCUGGAGGCGCAUCAGUUCCUCCACAGAGACCUGGCAGCCAGGAACUGUCUGGUUAACGAGCACAACGUGGUGAAGGUCAGCGACUUCGGUUUGACCCGGUACGUUCUGGAUAACCAGUACACCAGCUCCAGCGGUGCCAAGUUCCCGGUGAAGUGGUCUCCUCCAGAGGUUCUCCACUUCAGCAAAUACAGCAGCAAGUCCGACGUCUGGUCGUUUGGUGUGGUGAUGUGGGAGAUCUACUCUGAGGGUCGGACCCCGUUUGAGAACCGCUCCAACCUGGAAGUGGUCAACGACAUCACCCGCGGCGUCCGACUGUACCGGCCGCACCGCGCCUCGCAGCCGCUCUACGCCAUCAUGUACCGCUGCUGGCACGAGAGGCCUGAGGGUCGGCCCAAGUUCUCCGAGCUGCUCGAGGAAAUCCAGAAACUGGCAGAAAAUCCGGACUAACACACACACAAGCACCUGUCAUCUUUCUGGACAAACUGUCUUUUAAUUAAACUGUAAAUAAAUACUUUUAUAUCAGAACUUUUUUGAAACUUGUUUUGUCAGGAAACACAGACACACACACACAGACACACACAUGCACACACGCACACACACACGCACACACACACACACACACAAAACAAAUACAUUUUUAAAUGCAUGUACGUGCACAGGUGGACUCCAGGUGGUGCACGAGCACGCGGCGCUCUUCAGUGCACG